AUGCCGACUCUAGAGCCCGCAACCGAACGCACGCCGCUGCUCUCCAUCAGCUCCAGCUCAGAUGAUGCGGCGCACCACGAAGGGGCCAUGUCGCCGCCUCCCGAUGGUACGAGAAGAAUCGCAGAUUCACUUCCCCUGUCAGUAUGGCUCGUUGCGACCAUCGAGCUGUGUGAAAGACUUGCCUUCUUCGGGACCAUCGGGCCAAUGCAGAAUUACCUCCAGUACGCGAGAGAUGACCCUCUGCGUCCUGGUGGAAUCGGACUGGGCCAAGCGUAUGCCACGAUGGUGAACCAGGGCUUCUUGCUAUGGUGUUACAUUACCCCAGUGAUGGGCGCUAUUGUUGCAGAACAGUACCUCGGGCGAGUGAAGACCAUCAUCCACUCUUCUGCGCUCUACAUCUGCGGCUUGAUGGUGCUCUUCCUGUCCUCGUUGUCAAUUGCCCAUGACUUAGGCGUGUCGCUGGCAGGUCUGCUAGUGGCCCUGUUCUUUAUCGGCCUCGGGGCCGGCGGCAUCAAGGCGAAUGUCAGUUCACUCAUCGCAGAGCAAUAUACAGGUCCCAAGGAAGCCAAACGCGUCCUGGAAUCAGGGGAAGAGGUUAUCGUCGACAGGGCUCUGACAAUCGAAAGGAUAUUCUCGACAUUCUAUCUAUUCACCAACAUAGGCUCCUUGGGCCCCCUCCUCACAACAACAAUCGAGCAGAAGCACGGCUUCAGCGCCGCAUUCAGUCUCCCAGUGCUAGUCUUCCUGAUCGGCUUCACAGUCAUCCUAUCCAGCAAAGACCAAUACGUCAGCAGACCCCCGGAAAGCUCCAUCGUCUUCAACGCAUGUCGAGCAUUCUGGAUCGCCAUCAAACACAAAGGAAACCUCGACUACGCAAGACCCAGCUACCUCGCAGAAGCAGCAUCAUCAGACUUAGCAACCCACGCAAACCCCCUCCCCUGGACCGACACCUUCAUCUCCGACCUCCGCCGCGCCCUCUCCUCCUGCAAGAUCUUCCUCCUGUACCCGAUCUACUGGGCCGCGUACACGCAAUUCCUCACCAACUUCAUCUCCCAAGCCGCGACCAUGCAAACCCACGGCAUCCCGAACGACAUCAUGCCGAACAUCGACACCAUCGCAGUCCUCGCCCUCCUGCCCCUCGUCGACCGCGUCGUGAUCCCCCUCCUACGCCGCCAGGGCAUCCCAGCGCGCCACGUACAUAGAAUCGCCGCCGGCUUCAUCCUCAUCGGCACGUCCAUGUUCUACGCCGCCUUCGUCCAGCGCGUCAUCUACGCCGCGCCGCCCUGCUACGACCGGCCCCGGGCGCCCGACUGUCUCGGCGGAAGGGUCCCGAACCAGGUCUCCGUCUUUGUCCAGGCCCCUGCGUACAUCCUCGUCGCUGGCUCGGAGAUCCUAGCUGCCGUCGCCGGGAUCGAGUAUGCGUAUACGCAGGCGCCGACGUCGAUGAAGUCGUUGGUUAUGGCGGUUUAUUUGGCGGCGACGUCCGCGGGGGCGCUUUUGGCGAUGACGGUGACGUUCUUGACGGUUGAUCCGUUGGUGCCGUGGUUGUAUGUUACGCUGGGGUUGGAGAAUUUUUUGGCGGGGGGUGUGCUUGGGUUUUUUGUGGGUGAGUGUCGUUAG